UGCUCUCAUAUUCAAGUUGUUUUUCAGAGGGGCACACGAAGGAGGGUUUACAGGGUUGUUCAAAGAAGAAGGUUUUGGGGGAAAUCUCCAAACGCGUUUGGGAAAUUUCGUCAAAUGUAACUUCCAACACUCCUGCUGAAAAUUCCUUCAAAUGUUGAAGUUUAUCAGUAAAUCUGCUGCUAAAGCUUCGCCAUCCCCCCGCAUUGUCUACUUCUAUCAAACCCACCCCUUUUCAUCAUCCCCUAAAUCCGUCCGAAAUUCACCAAAUCAACACUCGUUCACGGUCAAUUACUUCAUAAACUCAUUCGGGUUUUCUCCAGAAGAAGCUCUCUCCGCGUCCAAGUAUAUUAAAUUUGAUAAUCCCCACAAGCCAGACGUGGUCGUGGAAUUGUUCAAGAACCAUGGUUUCACCCAAACCGAGAUCUCAAGCCUUAUUAGAAAUUUCCCUCGGGUACUUGGACGCGAUGCCCAGAAAAACCUUUUGCCCAAACUCGAAUUUUUCAAAUCUAGAGGCCUUUCAAGCGCAGAUGUUGCCAGAAUAGCAUCUUCAAGUCCCUUAUUUUUGAAGAGCAGCUUGGAAUAUACGAUCAUCCCAGCAUUUGAUUUCGUUAGUAAUCUGUUUAAAUCCAAAGGGAAAGCUAUGGCUGCUAUGAAACGCCUCCGCCGUAUUUCGUUGGAUCAGCUAACUCGGAUGAACCCCAAUAUUGCAACACUGCGAGAAACCGGUGUGUCAGAUUCCAGUAUUACAUAUUUGUUGAUAAAUGAACCUGGAGCAUUCAUGAUGAGCUACGAUAAGUUUAGACGGGUUGUUGAGGAGGUACAGAAAAUGGGUUUCAGUCCUUCAAAAGUGAAUUUUGUCGUGGCGAUCAGAGUGUUAGGGGCGAUGACUAAAUCUACAUGGAACAAGAAGGUUAAGAUUUAUCGGAAGUGGGGUUUGACCGAGGAUGAGAUUUCUGUAGCUUUUAAGAAGCGACCAUGGUUUAUGACGACAUCCGAGGAUAAGAUCAAUCGGGUGAUGGAUUUUUUCGUCAACAAAAUGGGUUGGGAGCCUUUGUUUAUUGCUAGAGACCCUCGAGUUAUUCAAAUGAGCUUGGAGAAAAGGGUUGUUCCAAGGAGUGCAGUUUAUGAAGCUUUGUUGUUGCAAGGUUUAAUCAAGGCUAGUGAUAUUAGCUUGACUACAUUGCUAAACUAUCCUGAAAAGCAAUUCCUAAAGAAGAUUUGGAGCUGGAAGAAGGAAGAAGCUCCCAAGCUAUUGAAGUUGUACAAUGAAAAGCUGGAUCACGGAAACUAAUUAGGAUAUGGUGAUGAUAUUUUGGCCUUGCUGCUAUGGAUCAUGCAAUGUGGUUUCAGUAUUUCUGGUAAGCUCUUGUUUGAGCAUGCUCCUCAUUUGUGGAUCAACAAUCUCAGGAAAGAUCAAAUAUUGUAUCAAAUCUUUGUUGUUUUCUUAGUAAAAAAAGAGAGGCGAAGGGACCACUGAUAGGCGAGUUGGUUUUAUUUGGGGCUUUGGGUAGGGCAAUUUAGGUGGAGAGAGUCUUUUAGGUGGAGGAGGGACAUGUAAGAAUGCUGAAGAACCACCAAACAUGCUUGAGCCUACCUGAGGGACAAUAGGCUUUUGCCGGCUUUUGGAGUUUGGGCCUCUAUGUCGACAUUGGUUCUCUUGUGAGGAAGAAUACUGGAUCUUGUUUUAUUUCUCCCCCUUGAUAGACAGUGCUUAUGGCAUUUUCCUAGGCUUUCCCUAACAACGUUAACUAUGUUAAUUUAUAUAUUUUUUUUUUUCUGUUAUCUCUGAGUUUUCCUGUUACUGAAAUUUACUGUGUUCCCUUUGGUUGAUGUAUUUCGGUUUCCUGUAUUUCAAAGGUUCCCCUCCUAGAGCCAAUGUAACAUUAUUGCUUUGUUUUUAUCUGUUGUGUUGUGUUCUCAUUAGCUCUGGCGGCUCUGGCCUGUGAGUUUGAUAGUGCCCUCUGUUUGGUGGCUGUUUUCUGUUAUCUCUGAGCUUUCAGGCUAUGAUCUUGUAACUGAUUUGAUGAAUCAAAGAAGUUGCCCAGAUCGCUUUUGGAUGCUGAGACUGGCACAAGAGAAAUGCCUUAACCAAAUCAGAAGCGGGGGUGGGGUCACUGGGGUGAGGCGCCCCAGAGGCAAAGAAGAUUUCGUUUCUCUGGAAGUUUCAUUUUAUUGGCAAACAAAUUUCUUUUAUGAGACAAUGCCCUGCUUCAAAGCCCCAGAAAACCUGCUUACUCACCGUGCUCCCUAGCUACUUAACGAAAGGCCAAGUGUACCGGGACAUUGUUUUCAAGAACACAAAAAUAACUGUUCUUGUUUCAUUUUGUUCUAUACUUCUGUUGGUUUGUUUUGCUCUUUUGUAUCUUCUAUUGCCAUAUUGGCGACAGCUACAUAUUUGCAUGCGUCUAUCAUUGCUGACAGUUAUUGUUGACCUAACAAUUUCUAGUGAUUACAUUCUGUCAUUUUCAGAUAAACCACUAAUGCAGGACUUCAAAAAACUCAUGCAGAUGAGACCAACCGAAGUUCAACUCAACAACCGUAGUGCGAGAAGAGGUGCUGAAUAUGGUGAGUUGCAAAUUGAAGAGAUAUUAAUGUUGCUUUUCAGAGUGUCAAAGCCAUUUUGGAUUUUGCUGAGUACAUCCUAGAGGCUUAAGAGACAACAUGUAACAACUGUUUUAACUUCUUCUUUUUCUUGAUAACCGGUCUGUCCGGGUCAGCUUGCGCGGACCUCGACCAAUACCCAGGUUCUGAAGUUUAACACCCGGGCAUUCCUCCAAUGGUCCUAAGAUUUGGAAUGUUUGGACUUCGUGGUACUUGACCUCGCGACUUUCUGGGGCAAGCCAUUGGUUGCUGUCUCAUGCCACUUGAUUUAACUUCUUGGGUGAAUGUUAGGUUGUGUUUGGGUUUGGAUUUGAAAUGAAUGGAGUUGGCAGGCUGAUACGACUCAUUCAAGAAGAUUAUGUUUAAUUGGAUUCUGUAUUUUAGGUCUGGGUUUCAAGGAUGGCUUUUAGAACUCUGGAUUAGCUGAUUUUUGUGACUGCAGAUUAUCUGUAAUCAUUCAUAAAUCUGAAUUUUCUGCAAAGCUCAUCUUCUAUAAUGUCUGCUUAACAAGUCUAGAUGCCAACCUUCUUAGGCUGUCUGGUAGCUGAACAAGUUUGGCUCCAUUCUGGGAGUAAUUAUCCGGUAUAACAUUGAAAUCAAUCAUAUGAUCAUGUAAA